UUAUUAAGGACAGAAAGCACCGCGGGUUACUCGUAUUGGUCGACUGAAAGCUGGAAGACGUCUCUGUGAAUGACAAAACAAAAGGCUAGACGUGAUGUUACGCACUAGAAUUUGAGUAAUGAAGCGCGCUCGUCCCGACUUGAUGAGAAGUUGCUUCUCUUGGGGACGGACACCAUAUUGACAGAUCUCUACAUCUUACGUUGCACUGCGUAAGCGUAACUUGCCGUUCGUGGUCAUGGAUGAUUUUGUUCGGGAUAAAUUAUCUGAAUGGAAUCUCAGCGAGUUGAUAGACACAUUUAAAGAACAAGGCAUCGACAAAGAACGUUUUUUGUGUCUGGAUGAUCAAGAUAUCGCCGACUUGAUCCCCACCGUGGGACCAAGGUCAAAAUUCAAGAAAAAGCUCAAGUGGUUAAAGGGUGUGCUGGAAUUUGAACAUUUAUUUAUUUUUAUGGUUUGCAACUAUUUUCUUUCGUCACUAAAAGGAACAAAAAACUGAAAAUCCCGAAGUCGUUGAUUCGUCUGCUCAAGUAAGUUGAAUAAAGUUUCAAUCACGAAGGUAUCAUAAGGCAUUUAUUACAAUAGUACAGAUCAUAUUGUCAAAGUCCGCUCCAACCUUUACAUGGCCACUAGUAUUGAUUCAAGACACACAUGUUCAUGUUCACCCUCAGGCUUGUGCGUCCACCAGUGACAAAAGUAAUAAAGAGAAGGUCGGAUCUUCAGGGUGAGUCCAGCCAAUGGCAAUCCCCAAACAGAAGACCAUCACUUGACAAAGAAUCAGGAUCAUACAAAGCAGAAGAAAUACUACUGUCUGACGUGAAAAACAUCAUGAAUUUUGUUCAUCAGAAAAUUCCUCAACAAGACAACAAGCUCAACAACUUCCUGAGGAGAAAAAUUAAUGACUUGGAGACGGACAAGAGGGAGGUGGUUGGUGUCUUUGGCAGAACCGGAGCUGGAAAGAGCUAUUUGAUAAAUACCGUCAUUGGAGAGAGGAAUCUCUUGCCCAGUGGAAGCGUCAAUGCAUGUACCUCAGUCAUGAUUAAAGUGGAGGCUAAUGAGCAGAACUCAAAGUAUGAGGCAGACAUUGAGUUCAUAACGAAAGAGGAGUGGAAAGAUGAGUUAUGGUUCUCUCAAAAUUUCCUUCGGGAAAGGGAUAAGGAUGAAGAGAGGGAUCGUGAAGACAUUGAGGAAAAGCUGUCAGUGCUGUAUGGAGAAGACUGGGAAAACAAAUCUCCUGAAGAGCUCAUGGAUGUCAAAUAUUUCAAAGAGAUCCCAGAAUUUCUGGUGUCCAAGAGGAAGAUGUUGACAGACCAAACAGCUGAAGAGCUAUCUGAAAAACUAGUCAUGUACACAAAAAGCAAAUCAGAAGAUGGAGAAGUAAACGCAAAGAGGUGGUAUUGGCCUCUUGUGAAGUGUGUGACUAUCAGGGUGCCAGAUAAUGAUCUCCUGAAGCACGUCACACUUGUGGAUCUUCCUGGAAAUGGGGAUCGUAACAAGAGCAGAGACAAGAUGUGGAAAACGUUCGUUGGAAGUUGUUCCACUGUGUGGAUCGUGGCUGAGAUAAAACGAGCUGCAUCAGAGCCUGAAGCCUGGGAGAUACUGCAAAGUGCCUGUAGCUUCAUGGGAAAUGCUGGCCAGUGUCAGCAGAUUCACUUCAUCUGCUCCAAGUCUGAUGAAUCAAGUAAUGAUCCAGCCCGUCCUUCAACUGAACCCCGUGCUUUCAUUCUGGAAAGAAAUAUUAAAGCCAAGAAAGAAGUGAGAAAGGAAUUCAGAAAACUAAACGAGGUUACGAAAUAUUUCAGUGAUGGAAGUUUCAAAGUGUUCACAGUGAGCUCCUACGAGUUUGUUCAAAAGACAGUCCUAGAACCAUAUGAAACUGAAAUACCUGAACUUCAGGAAUUUCUGCAGGGUCUCAAUGACUGUCACUCAGUGACAUUAAACUAUGUGAAAGGAGCUCUCGGGAUUCUCUCUCUGAUUCAAGGGGCCCGCCGUACAGAUGGGACUGACAUAAAGACAGCUGUCUGCACAGAGCUUGAACAAAAGAUGAAGGAUGCACUGAAAAAAGUCAAAAAAUCAAUGGAAGAGACUCAUCAGGUUUUUGAAGGGUGCCUCAGUGAGGGAGUUAGGAAAUCUAAAAGUUCAUGGGACAAAAACUUGACAUCGGUCAUAAUGCCUAGAAACAAGAAAGGUGGUGGUUUCCACCAGACACUGAAGUGCAUAGUACAGCAAGAUGGCGCCUACAGAGCAAAAAAGGGGAAACUAAUAAACCUCAAUAUGAAGUUAUCUUCAUGCCUGACUCAGAGCAUUGAUGACAAAUUCAAGAAGACCUUCCCAAAUGAAGGAGAAUGUGGACAAUUCAACGGAGUCCUCGAUUUGUUUUCACUUAACACGGAGACGAUGAGAAAGAACACAAAGUACAAAGAUGUCAAACUGCAACUGAUGUUUCUCAGCACAGAGGAAGACAAGAUAAAGACAAAACUCAACAAAAUCAUCCGCGAUCGUAAGAAAACGAUCUACAGCAGUCUGACGACAACAAUUGAGACGAGCAUGCAGGAAUGCUAUGACGUUGCAAAACUCAUUGAAGGAGAAGGCAUGCUGGAAAACAUUAGGACCACUCUUACGAAUCACGUACGUGAGUCAAAGGACGUCAUGUUUCAGACAGCUAAAGAUGUUAUGUUGAACCAGCUGAGAGACUUGAUGAGAGAAAUCUUUGACGACCUGGAAAAAACAAUGCAGGAAUCAAUCGAGCUGUCGCUCAAGACAGAUGGCGUCUCAAUCCCAGAUGUUGAGGAUGAGCUUAAGAUGGUGAAGAACCACUACGAAGAACUGAAGCGGUCCAGAUGAAGAACCACUCAUUUGUACCAACUGACGAGCCCUGCGUGUGUGCUGAUUAGAGACGUGAGGCCUCUGGAUUUGGUCUCAACCCUUUUUGUCAAGUCAUCUUAUUCUCUUUAAGUGAUUUUUUCAGAUGUACUUUUCAUUAGUUUGGUGUGAAUUAAAUGCAGAGACAUUUUUAUGGUCAAUAUCUGGUCGGGUAAUUUGAGCUUUUAAUUGAUUUCUUUAUAUGUACUUUUCAUUAGUUUGGUGUGAAUUAAAUGCAGAGACAUUUUUAUGGUCAAUAUCUGGUCGGGUAAUUUUAGCUUUUAAUUGUUUAAAGUUCAGAAGCAGACAAACUGUGUGGGGGGUAAGAGCGGGAUGUCCUGCAUCAAAGGUCCCCAGUCGGAUUCAACCCAGGUACAUUGUGGUUUACAUGGUAGAGAUCUUCUUUGUUACCAGUCCAUCAUUAUGGUUUUCAUAAUUUAAAAAAAAUUCUUCUUCUUUAAGUUUUUGUCCAUUUUGUAAUCGUAGUUUAGUAUUGGUUGAUUGAGAUUGAAAUGUCGAUGAUUUUAUGGGUGUUUAAAAUACAUCCUGAAUUUUGAUCACAGUAUGUUGAAUUUCUCAAAGAAUUUAUAAGCUUUUAUUAAAAGAAUGAUCUGACCUUUUCUUUUAUUGUUCAAGGAAAAAACUUGCUUACUGCUAAAUAAUGUGUUCUUAGUGUGUUAAUCCAUGUAUCAGAAUUGGAUAGAACUAGAUGAUAGUAAUACACCAGCCUAUCUGGUUUCUCAUUAUUUACUGAAAUAUUGUUGUGUUUUUAUCUACUCUGAUUCUAAAUGCAUUUAAAGUAUCUGAUAAGGUAUACUGUCCAAUAAAUUCACUUUCAAAGUUCCAAAUGUU